AGCUCAGCCGCUCGUCUCGCGAUACGCGGGCGGAGAGGAGGGAGAUCUGAGCUGCGACUGCAGCGGCGGGCUGACUGGGUCGGCGGUGACCUGAGGGCCGAGAGACGUGGCCAUGGACGACCUGGGGGAGAACACCACCGUCCUGUCCUCCCUGAGGUCCCUGAACAACUUCAUUUCCCAGCGAAUGGAGGGCGGGGCCGGGCUGGACGUGUCCGCCUCUGCCCCAGGCUCUCUGCAGCUGCAGUACCAGCAGAGCAUGCAGCUGGAAGAGCGAGCGGAGCAGAUCCGGUCGAAGUCACACAUCAUCCAGGUGGAGCGGGAGAAGAUGCAGCUGCAGCUGAGUCACAAGAGGGCUCGAGUGGAGCUGGAGCGCGCAGCCAGCACCAGUGCCCGGAGCUACGAGCGGGAGGUGGACCGGAACCAGGAGCUCCUGACGCGAAUCCGGCAGCUUCAGGAGCGGGAGGCAGAGGCGGAGGAGAAGGCGAAGGAGCAGCAGGAGCGCAACAGGCUGUGUCAGCAGAGCCUGGAGGCCGCCAGCCAGAGGCUGCGGGAGAAGGAGGACAGCCUGGCCGAGGCCGGCACGACCAUCAACGAGCUGAAGGGCAGGAUCUCGGAGCUGCAGUGGAGCGUGAUGAACCAAGAGGUGCAGGUGAAGGGUCUGGAGUCUGAGAAGCAGGAGCUGCAGGAGCAGCUGGACUUGCAGCGCAGAAAAUGGCAGGAAGCCCAUGAGAGGAUUCAGGAACUCCAGGCCAGCCAAGAGGCGAGGGCAGACCAGGAGCAGAGGAUCAAGGAUCUGGAGCAGAGGCUGCUCCUGCAGGAGCAGGACGCUGUGAUUGUGAAGAACAUGAAGUCUGAGCUGGUGCGGCUGCCCAAGGUGGAGCGGGAGCUGAAGCAGCUGAGGGAGGAGAAUGCCUGCCUGCGGGAGGUGCGGGAUGCCAAUGGGCUGCUACGGGAGGAAGUGGAGGGGCUGCAGCGGAGGCUGAGCCGCCAGGAGAAGAUGCAGGAGAGCCUAGUUGACCUGGAGCUGGAGCAGGAGAGGCUGCUGGCAAAGCUGCGAAGCUGGGAGCGGCUGGACCAGACCACGGGCUUGAGCAUCAGGACCCCAGAAGACCUCUCCAGGUUCAUCGUGGAGCUGCAGCAGCGGGAGCUGACCCUCAAGGACAGGAACAGCUCCAUCACCAGCAGCGCCCGAGAACUGGACAAGGUGCGGCAGCAGCUGCAGGAGGAGCUGUGCCAGGUCAGCACCCAGCUGCUGGAGGAGAGGAAGAAGCGCGAGACGCACGAGGCCCUGGCCCGCCGGCUGCAGAAGCGUGUCCUGCUACUGACCAAGGAGCGGGAUGGGAUGCGUGCCAUCCUGGGAUCCUACGACAGUGAGCUGGCACCAGCCGAGCACUCACCCCAGCUGACCCGGCGCAUGCGUGAGGCUGAGGACAUGGUGCAGAAGGUACACGCCCACAGCUCAGAGAUGGAGGCUCAGCUGGCGCAGGCGCUGGAGGAGCUGGGGAGCCAGAAGCAGAGAGCGGACACGCUGGAGAUGGAGCUGAAGGUGCUUCGGUCCCAGCCGGGUCCCGCCGCCCAGAGUGCCCUGCUGUCCAGGGAGGAGGCCAGCGAGCUCAGGUUGAAGGUCGAGGAGCUGGAAGGGGAGCGGAGCCGCCUGGAGGAGAGCAGGAAGCAGCUGGAGACGCAGCUCGAGCGGCUCACCCUACUGGGCGACUACGACCAGAGCAAGACCAAGGUGCUGCACAUGAGCGCGAACCCAGCCAGCGAGGCGCGGCAGUGCCUCCGCCAGGAAAAGGCCCGGCUGCAGGAGGAGUGCGAGCGGCUGCGGAAGCUGGUGAGCGCCCUGGAGAGAGGCGGCCCCAUGCCGGCUGACUUGGAGGCUUCCUGUCUGCCCUCAUCCAAGGAGGUGACAGAGCUGAAGAAGCAGGUGGAGAGCGCCGAGCUAAAAAACCAGCGGCUCAAGGAGGUCUUCCAGACCAAGAUCCAGGAGUUCCGGAAGGUCUGCUACACGCUGACGGGCUACCAGGUCGACAUCACCAGGGAGAGCCAGUACCGGCUGACGUCCAUGUACGCCGAGCGCAAGGACGACUGCCUCGUCUUCAAGGCCACGGGGCCCUCAGGCACGACGAUGCAGCUGCUGGAGACGGAGUUCUCCCGGACGGUGCCGGAGCUCAUCGAGCUGCACCUGCGGCGGCAGGACAGCAUCCCCGCCUUCCUCAGCGCCCUCACCCUGGACCUCUUUGGCCGCCAGACCCUGGCCUAGCCACGGCACCCCCUGGCCACACCCUCGGCCUGGAAGGUGGGAGUGGGCUGCGCAGGAGUCCUGCCUGAGGCACUGCCCUCGCCCAGACGGCAGUGGAAGGCACGGGCCCAGCCACGCCCUGAGGGGCCGCACAGGCCGGUGUGCUCCCCCCCGCAGCCCCCUCUCCUGCCAACCCACAGGCAGCAUCCCGCCACUUGCUGCUUGAGCCUGCCCUCCUGGAGCCUGGUGGGCGGACCGGUGGGCACCGGUGGAGCCUCUGGCUCCUGUGAAAUAAAAAAGUUCCUCCUUGGCCA